AUGAAAUACAUUAUACUAAAACAAUUCACUAUAUUGCGCAACGCUCUUUGGGGUAAACCACCCACAGAUUCAAAAGAACGUCGAUACUUAUUCAAAUUGGAUGUGUUUGUCCUCACCUAUGUGUGCUUAUUAUACUGGGUCAACUAUCUCGAUCGAGCCAAUGUUGCCAAUGCGUACGUUUCCGGUAUGCAAGAAGACUUGGGGUUAUCCGGUAACGACUUCAAUGUAGUCAACACUAUUUUCUAUGUCGGUUACAUUGUUUCCAUGAUUCCUCAUAAUCUAAUCUUGUUGAAAAUUAGGCCGCGAUAUUGGUUAACCAUAUGCGCUGGUAUAUGGUCAAUACUUACUUUAGCUACGUACAAGGUGACGCAUUUCUAUCAACUUUGUAUUAUUAGAUUUGUGCAAGCAAUGUUUGAAAGUUGUAUAUUUGGAGGUGUACAUUUGAUUUUGGGAUCGUACUAUACAAAUGCUAGAGAUUUGAUUAUACGCACAUUUGUAUUCACUUCAAGUGGACUAGUGGGGCAGAUUUUUUCAGGGGUGAUUCAAGCUUCGGUACAUGCAAACAUGGAUGGAUGGCACGGAUUGGCUGGUUGGAGAGUAUUGUUUAUUAUGGAUUUCAUUUGCAGUUUCCCCAUAGUUAUAUUUGGCUACAUAUUCUUUCCAGAUGCUCCUGAUAUUGGUAAACCAUUUUAUUUCACCGAGGAAGAACACGCCAUAGCUUUAAAGAGGUUGGUCAAACCCAAACACUACAAGUUUGGAUGGGAUGUGAUAUUGCGAGUGUUUGGUAGGUGGCACUGGUAUUUGUUUGGUAUGUUGUGGCUUGUUGGUGCAAUCAAUGAAUCGUUUGCUACAAAUAGUGUAUUUGCGUUAUGGUUAAAGUAUUAUGAUUAUUCUGUUCUGGAUAGAAACCAUUUUCCCAUGGGAAUUUAUGCUGUGGGGGUAUUGGCAACCGCUAUUUCAGCAUAUUACAUAAGAAAUGUCGGUAAUGGUAAAUUAUACUGGCAUGUGUCCUUAGCUAUUGCAUUAGUGGUUUUAAUUUCACCAAUUAUCCAGUUAUGCCAACCAUAUGCAAAAGAGUCGGUGUUUGUUGCGCAAUACUUGAGCGGCGUAUCUUAUGCCGCACAAACUGUUUCGUUUGGCUGGGCAAAUAUAGUAUGUGCAGAUGAUUUACAAGAGCGAGCAAUUGUGAUCAGCUCGAUGAACAUGUUGGGCAACACCAUGAAUGCUUGGUGGUCGAUUGUGUUCUUUGCCGCUGAUACAGCGCCUAGGUUUCGGAAUGGUGCCAUUGCUUUAAUUAGCUCAUCGGUUGCUACUGUGUUUGUUGUGGUAGGCAUAGCGUGGUUGCAACGAAGAGACGAGAAAAGAAUUGGUGGUUUAGUGAAGCAAUCAGACUUUGAAGAAUUAGUUGAUAAUGUUGCAGAGGAGAAGGGAAAGCAGAUGCAACAACGACAACUUGAAAUAGCGUCAACUAGAGAAUUUACCGUCUAA